AUGCCUUUCGAUACGGACUUGGAUCUGACCCGAUUUCUCCUGUUAAUCCGAUCGGAAAUUGGAUACAGUACUCAUGCUGUUGGAAAGUGGCAUCUUGGAUAUUGCAAUGAUUCCUAUGUGCCCCAUAAUCGAGGAUUCGACUCUUUUCUUGGCCAUUACCGAGGAGGUGUCGAUUAUUUCACCCACUCUAAUGAAGCACCAGGAACAUACCUCAAUCACUUUCUCAACGGAGAGCCACACAUCCCUGAAGGAGGUUUCGACUAUGCCACCUAUGCCUGGAGCAAUAGAACAAACAAGAUCUUGAGAGAAAGCUUGGGUCAGCCGAAUUUUGUCUAUUUGGCGUUCAAUGCUCCUCAUGAACAAGUUGCUGCUCCCCAAAAUUUAGUGGAUGAGAUGAAUGCUCUGUAUCCCGACAUGCCAGCUACUCGGCAAGUCCACCUUGCUGCCGUUAAAUCCAUUGAUAUCGCGAUGCAAAGCGUCAUUGAAGAAGCAUCCAAACUCGAUCGCGAAACCAUCAUUAUCUUCCAUUCUGACAACGGCGGCUCUAUCCAAGCGUAUGGGGGCGACGCUGAAGGUCCUCGAGCUUGUAACUUUCCGUACAAGGGUUACAAGAGCGUCUUGACUGAGGGAGGAACUUUGAGUCCGACUUGGGUCUACUCGACAAAAAGGGAGUUUCACUCGCGAUACAUUGAUGGAAUGAUCCAUAUCAUGGAUUUUUUCCCGACAAUUCUCCAUUGGGCAGGCUUCGACAAGCAGAUGCCAAGAAAUCUCGAUGGAAUUGAUCAAUAUGAUCUAUUCGAAAAUGCUUCAGUCACCAAAAUUCGAGAUCGAUUCAUUUACGGACUCCUCCACAAUUGGGAUAAUAAUAAUCUUCAAUGGAAAACGAGCUAUGCCGUCCGAUACGGAGAUUACAAGUUUAUGAAUUAUCAAACUGAGCUGAUCGGAAACACUCAGUGUCCAGAAGGCUGGUCUAAUAAUCGACAUGAGAAGUAUCUUUUUCCGUAUAAGAAAAAAAGAACCACAAUGAUGAACAAAGUUUGGGAAAUUUCUGAUGCUGAGCCAAACAAGGAAACUGGCGAGAUCAAACCCGAUCCUGGCUUCUCCUUAUACAACCUCAAAAACGACCCUUUUGAGACGAGAAAUUUGGGCACAGGAGAAGAUAGCAAAAAAUACAAAAAGAUCUACAUGGAUCUCAUGAACGAUAUCCAAUCAUAUGUCGUCGAAGAAAUUCAAAAAGGGGUUGAAUAUCCAGUCACUGGAAAGAUGAACGGAAACCUCCUCUCAAAAAUUUUCAAGAAAAUACCUGUUGACGAGAGAUCGGAGCAUUAUUUCGAGACCGGUCGAAUUAUUCCUUUUGACAGCGCAACCCAAGAGUCGACUGGCCUUGAUGGUUAUCUUGGAACCAACUGGUGCCUGAACAACCUUGAUGAUGCUCUAUUAACUCAAAUGUACCAUGAUGCUGUUUUGAACGAUCAAGAGAGACUCGCUGACAUGAUCAACUUAUAUUUAUGGGAUGGUUACGGUCCAGAAUGA